CAAAACGCAUGGAGGUGCGCUUGUUCCAGGAGAGAAGUAAACCUCCUCCCGGUGUGUUCAUAUUCAAAAAGGCAUCGGUGUGAGGUUGCCAGUUUGGAGCUUGUUUUCCCCUUAAAUUGGAUCCUUCAAGCUGUGACUGGGCUGAUUUGCUCGCGUUUCGGUCUCCGUGGAGCUGCUGCCACAUUCCGCACGGAAAUAACGAGACUCCACUCGCAGCCCGGGCUUCACUUUAAAUUCCUAAUACCGCAGGGGCUGUGAGGUGACAACACAUCAACAUUCCACACAGCCUGUGCAGGUGGUGAAUGGAUGACGCGUCAGUCACUGACCUCACAAAGUCGACAUCUGUGCCAUAAAACUGUCAAUGUGUACUGGAUCUGAUAACAAAGAGCCAUAAAGCCAACGGAAUCACACUUUGGAUUUUCCUUUCUUUGGUCUUGGACGCAAACUUUCCAGCCAACUGAUUCUGACUGUGACAUGAUGCCCAGGCAAAGGAAUAUUAGGCCUUUUGCUCUGCUGUUUUGCGUCAUUACAUUUACAAUGUUCCUGUUCAGUUACACUUUCCGGGACCCCUCACUCUACUACUUCAAGUACGCUUUUCGCCUGUCUGACAACUUUUUCUCCAAAGGGCUAUGCGGCUGCCGACAGUGCAUGACGGAGCUGGAGGAGGACCCCUGGUUUGCUGAGCGCUUCAAUCAGUCCAUCCACCCCCUGAUGACCAGGGAUAACAGCAUCCUCUCUGAUGAAACCUUUAAAUGGUGGCAGUGGUUGCAGUCAGAGAGGCAGCCGGCCAACUUUAGUGAAGUGGUGGAGGAGCUGUUCCAAGUCAUCCCUGAUGAAGUGCUCUACAUGGAUGCCAGCCCCGAGCGCUGCAGGACCUGCGCCGUGGUGGGGAACUCUGGGAACCUGAAGGGGUCCCACUACGGUGCCCUCAUCGACUCCAGCAAUUUCGUCAUAAGAAUGAACCAGGCUCCCACCUCUGGUUUUGAAGAGGAUGUGGGCACCAGAACAACACAUCAUAUCAUGUACCCAGAAAGUGCCAUAGACCUGGACAACUUCACCAGUCUGGUGCUGAUCCCUUUCAAGACCCUGGAUCUGCAGUGGCUCAUUAGUGCUCUGACCACGGGUACUAUUACCCACACAUAUAUAUCGGUUAUGUCCAGGAUAAAAGCAAACAAAGAUAAGGUGUUGAUUUACAGUCCAACAUUUUUCAAAUACGUCUAUGAGUCUUGGCUUCAGGGUCAUGGACGAUAUCCUUCCACUGGCUUCCUCAGCUUAAUGCUCGCUAUCCACAUAUGUGACGAGGUCAGUGUAUUUGGAUUCGGUGGAGACCAAUACGGAAACUGGCACCACUACUGGGAGGAGAACAAUUUGGCCGGAGCUUUCCGACACACAGGGGUCCAUGACGGAGAUUACGAAUAUAAUAUCACCCUGCUCCUGGCAGACAAGCACAAAAUCCAAAUGUUUAAAGGCAGAUGAUACCAAGCCCACGUGUGCAAUGGGAGUACCACCAAAUGAACCUUAGCAGCCUUUGAAUGAAAGACAGUUACCCUGUUGAUGGAAAUAUAUAGCAAGGGAGUUCAUCAUUGUCAUUUAUGUUAGAAGAGCGUCUCAUAGAAACAGAUAUAACCUAUCUGCUCAUCUCAAACAAACUAAGGGGGCUUUCACACCUAGCUACCUGGUUUGGUCCGGACUUUCGGGCUUUUCAGUUUGGUCCGAACCAAAAUUGCAGGUGUGAAACCCCCCGUUUAAUUGCGAAUUUGAACUAGCCUUCAGUAUAGUUGGUGCCAUAAUAAUAACAUGUUAAUUUUUCAUUCAUUCAUUCUUGUCUUCCUGAACUGUUUAAUAAACCAAUCAAUG